GGGAAUAUGCGUAGCUCUGUGCGCAUGUUUGAAGCCCUUGAACCCCAAGAUGACAUCAAGGCGGAAGUGUCAUGGCGCCGUGCAUCGUUGUCAUGCGCUGUCAGAAACUCGCACAUCAUACUUCAUAAUGACUCUCAGGCUGUGAAUUAUUAUCCGAUAAGGACCUCAGGGGAACAAUAAAGAUGGCAGACUCAGGUGACCCACAUGGUCAGCGGGCUCCAGCUCCAGGGGCCAGCAGCAACACUGGUCUGCUGGCAGGCCGCCGGCCAGCAGCCGGCAUCUCUGCUGGUCGUCUCCCCUCCAUGCGCUCAAGAGACCUCACCCUGGGAGGAGUGAAGAAGAAAACCUUCACACCCAACAUCAUUGGCCGAAAAGUAAAGGAAGAGCCAAAAGUGGAAGGUGGGCAGAGGCGAGAGCGGAGAGAUGCAGAGCGAGGCCGGGGCCCGAGGGAGCGAGGCCGGGGCCGCGGCCGCGCAGAGAUCAUCCAGUCCCACUCCAUCUUUGAGCAAGGCCCGGCAGAGAUGAUGACCAAAAGAAAAGUGAAUCCCAUCAUCUUAAACGCAGGUGGCUACGAGGGCGAGCGGGAUGCUCCGAGCGCCGGACCCUCGCCCAUCAUCAACAUCAAGAAGGAGAAGAGGGAGACGGAAGAGGAGACCAAGGAGAUCCUGCGUAACCUGGAGAGAGACAACUUCAUCGAUGACCCGUUCCUGAGGAGUGAGCAGAGGAGCUGCCCCGUGCAGCUCCCGCUGGCCGUGUCCGGAUGGGGAUUCAAGGAGGAGUUCAGCAAUGCUGCGCCUAAAGUUGAGAAGACAGAGGAAGAUGGUGAAGGCCCAGAAGCUGCAGUUAAAGUCAAACAGGAGCCAGAGGAGGUGGAAAUAAAGAAGCCCGAGGCCGCCUUCCGGCCUCCUCCGCUCCCAGAGCCCGACGUUCUCCCCGAGCUCCUGAAGCGAUGGAGUCUGAGUAAAGAGGAGGAGCUGUUUUUCAUCCAGCUGCCCGACUCGCUGCCCGGCCAGCCUCCCACCAUAGAGCACCGGCCAGUGAAGACGGAGGUGAAGUCGGAGGACGGACAGUCUGUGCUCCUGAAAAAGGAGACAGAGGACGAGGAAGCCGAAGACAACAGCUGCAGUUUGAAAGAUAUACGGGAGGGUUUAAUGGGAAAGAUGCUGGUGCGGAAGUCUGGACGUGUCCAGCUCAUACUGGGACAAGUCACACUGGACGUGGCUCUGGGAACAUCUUGCUCUUUCCUUCAGGAGCUGAUCUCAAUCAAUACAGAGGGAAAAACGGGCAGCUUAACUGUAUUAGGGAAUGUCCAACACAAGAUGGUUUGUUCCCCAGACUUUGAGUCUCUGCUGGAGAAGAGGUCUUGAUGUUGGCUGGACGAGGAGGCUUUAGCUGUCUCUGACCGAUGGUUGCACUUAUGACCACGCUGACAUAUUAACUGUAUGAACUUAUGCUUUAGAUACUAACACCUCAAAGAAAUAUCAUGGUAAUUUAUUGUCCUUUUUAUUUUCAGAGUAGCCGAAUAUGAAUAUGUCUAUAUACACUAGUUUGAAAUACGAAACACAUUGCAGGUUUAUUGGUACCAUGAAUUUAUGGUUCAUGGCUUGAAGGCAGUGCCAAGUUUGUUUCGAAAUGACAAGCUCGCAUCCAAGAUUACUUGAAACAAAAUGUACAUUAAUGUAAAUGUGUGAAUAAAUAGGUUGUUGUUAAUUCAGCAUGCCAGAUCUUUUCAAAAGGCUGGUUCACUUGAAAAACGAAAAGCAAAAACGUAUUUCCAUUAGUUCUUCUCAUUUAUUUUCAGUACGUGGUUCAAACUAUGCAGAAACUCUUGGAUUUACUGUGUUUACAUGUGAGAUAUCCAUUAUCAGUUUUUUUUGUUUUUGUUUAUGUGAACUGGGACAAUGAACAAUUCUGUUGGAUAAAUAAAGAAAUGUUGCAUAAUUUAAUAUUUUCAUUUAGUAAAUUUGUCAGCAACUUUGAUUUUGUAAAAGUGUGCUUUCAUAAGCACAUUUGAAUAAGCAAAAGACAGAUAAUGUCCUACUGAACACGUCAACAGCAGAUUAAAACAUGCAUUAUUUUUUUAUGUCGAAACUGGAAAAGAAAGUACAGUCCGACAGGGGGGAAAAAGGAAGCUAACUUUUACCCAGUAAAGCUUAGCUACGUUGAUUCGUUUCUGAAAAUGAGCUAUUUUAGAACUAUUUAAAAUCGACUGCAUUGUGUCACUUAGGCCACCAGGUGUCAGUACAGGUCUGACUUCUCUUUUUUGUACGGGAUUUGGCCACGGCUACUUGUUCCUAAUACGUAGGCUGCGAGCUCGAGACCGCCCGUAGCGCGCUCGUGCUGUCCGGCGGGUGGAGUUUGGCUACAGUCCGCGAGACAAAGACAAAAGUGAUGGACGGGCGAAAGCCGACGCCGGACUUCCAGUAACUGCAGAUAUCUGUGCCACGGAGCUGGGAAGCCCCCGGACCUCCAGGCCAAAGGACCACCUGCUGUUUCCAGUUGUUUUUGUUUUUACAUCUCUGUCACCAGUGGGGCUCUCCUCCCAAUAGCAAAGGACAUCUGUACCAAGGACAGACUGUUUUUUUCUUCUAAACUCCGCCUCCCUUUUUACUGGAUUUAUACAUGCUCCAGUUCAUGGUGAAACUAAUUAAAUUAACAGAUAAUGCCCAACAGGGCAAAUUCAAGAUGAUAGCUUGUACUUCUAGUUUGUCUCCAUUCAGUGGAAGGAGAAACUCGAUUCCCUAGUUAUCUGGAUGAAGGCUACUUUGUGACAAGAUAAGGGCCACUUGAGGCCAGGAGGUGGAGUCGUGUGCCUCCUCUCACAUCUUCUCGACCCAGAGAUUCAGCAACUUGACAAUUUGAAUUGCUCUUUCGUUGGACAAUGGAGCUCUUCUUCAACCCAUUUGACAACCUGGUGUGCAUCCUCCUGGGCAUCUCCUUCACCGUGUGGUUCACCCUGCUGCUGGUCUUCAUCAUUGUGCCUGCCAUUUUUGGGGUGUCAUUUGGCAUCCGGCGUCUGUAUAUGAAAACACUGCUAAAGAUCUUUGGGUGGGCCACGCUCAGGAUAGAGAGAGGGGCCAAAGAAAAGAAUCACCACCUGUACAAACCUUACUCGAAUGCUAUCAUUGCAAAGGAGCCCACCUCCUUGGAGGAGGAGAUCAAGGAGAUCCGGCGGAGUGGCAGCAAUAAAGACCUGGACUCGGCCCCUGAGUUUGAGAUGUCUGACAUUUUCUAUUUUGCUCGACGAGGAGUGGAGAGCAUCAUGGAUGAUGAGGUGACAAAGAGGUUUUCUGCUGAGGAGUUGGAGUCCUGGAAUCUGCUGACCCGCAGCAACUACAACUUUCACUAUAUCAGCCUGAGGCUGACUGUCCUAUGGGGGCUGGGCCUCCUGAUCCGAUAUGGCUUCCUGCUGCCUCUCAGGGUGACCCUUGCCUUUACUGGUGUAGGUCUCCUUGUUUUCCUCACUUCUAUCAUUGGGCUGCUGCCAAACGGAGGGAUGAAAAAUUUCCUGAGCGAGAAAGUACAUCUGAUGUGCUACAGAAUAUGUGUCAGAGCUCUGACUGCCAUCAUAACCUACCAUGACAGUGAAAACAGACCCAAGAAUGGAGGCAUCUGCGUCGCCAACCACACAUCACCGAUCGAUGUCAUCAUUCUGGCCAGUGACGGCUGCUACGCCAUGGUUGGCCAGAUUCAUGGUGGCUUAAUGGGGGUCAUUCAGCGGUCUAUGGUGAAGGCCUGCCCACACAUUUGGUUUGAGCGCUCAGAAGUAAAAGACAGACAUCUAGUGGCCAAAAGAUUGAGUGACCAUGUAGAAGACAAAUCCAAACUCCCCAUUCUCAUUUUCCCAGAAGGGACCUGCAUAAACAAUACUUCGGUUAUGAUGUUUAAGAAGGGGAGUUUUGAGAUCGGGGCCACAGUCUACCCUGUGGCCAUUAAGUACGAUCCCCGAUUUGGUGACGCUUUCUGGAACAGCAGUAAGUUUGGAAUGGUCAACUACCUUUUACACAUGAUGAGCAGCUGGGCCAUCGUCUGCAGCGUGUGGUACCUUCCUCCCAUGUCCAGAGAGGAAGGAGAGGAUGCUGUUCAAUUUGCCAAUCGUGUCAAAGCAGCCAUAGCCAGGCAAGGUGGACUGGUUGAUCUCUUGUGGGAUGGAGGAUUGAAACGAGGAAAGGUAAAAGAUACCUUCAAAGAGGAGCAGCAGAAGCUGUACAGUAAAAUGUUGGUGGGUACCCAGGAGGACCGCAGCCGGUCCUGAAACUCUUUUAUGGAAAUGGACUUGCCCAAAGACCCACCAGAUCAUGGCUGACUACACGGCCGGUCAGAAGUGGUCCCUCACUACUGGAGCAGCUGGACUGGAAAUUUUCUCCCUGAUGUCAACUGUUCUCCAUUUGGCUUUCUCGAUCACUGUCUCAGCAUGUUAAGUUGCAUUGCUGUUGGAAUAGCUUGACUGGAGCCCUGCUUACAUUAGAAAUAAGAGGGCGUGGGCACAGAAAGUCUUCCUUGGUCGCUGUCCUUUGAGGGGAAAACGUGUGGUCAUCUCUUCUUUGAGUUACUGUCUGUGUUUGAUAGUUGCAAUUUUAAUUUUUAACACUCAUAUUUGUAUCACAGUAUUUUUAAGUUACACACCAUCUUAAACCCAAAAUAUACAGGGAGAGUUAUUGUAGAUCAAAUCCAAGUUGUUUUAAAUCUAAAAUAUAUGGCUGAGUUUGGGUUUUUCAUGGCUGGCUAGCAGCUACAUUACAAGGCAAAAUGCCAGAGGUGGUACAUUUCAGAUAUUUUUAUGGGCUUUUUCCAAGAGAAAAACUAUCCUGUCUUUUAAGAAUUGUGUUUUGCAUUAAGACUUGUGUCAACAUUGGGUCACAAUAGGAAUUGUACUGCAGAUGAGUUCUUGAUGAGCUGUUUAUUUCUGCUUUCCAUGGAAUGUGUAAUCCUUCACAUUAUGAUGUGGAAACUGUUCACCAGCAGUUACCGAUGGGAGGCUUUUAUGCAAAACCCCUCUUCAAAUCAAUAAUAUAAUGCACACCUGGAGUAAAGCUUUUUAAAGUCUUUUGAUGAGGCAUCUCAGUGGUAUGCUCUUAGGCCUACUGAGCACAGGUAACGGCGUAGGAUUAAGUUAAUCACAGCUGGUCUCCUGCCUGAAACAUAGUUAUAAACUCAUGUUUUUCAUCCAAAUCUACUUCCAAUCAGACAAGUUUCUAUUGGCUUCCUUGCUUGUGCAGUUACCAUUCUGCCUAAUUUAUUUUAGAUUCAACAAAAUGCUAUUUCCUUUAUGUCCCCUCAUUAACCCCCCCCCACUCCUACUCAGCUUCAAAAUGUCUCAAGGAGAAGCUGUAGCUGUAGUUUGGAGCCUGCAAUCGGCUGGAGGCGACGCAGUGGACAGCCCAGAGGCCCUUAGCUCACUCAUGAGGUGUUCACAGGGCUCUUCAUCUAGAUUGUGUCCAAACAGUUCAACAAUAAAUGUUCAAGAAUGUGAUUCUACUUUUGACUUCUGGAUGUUUUUUAUGUUUUUUUU